AUGUUCUUCUCCUGGACGGGGCUGCAUGCACAGGAGACAGCAGCAGCAGCAGCAGCAGGAGCAGCACGAAAGAGGAAAAGCAUCAGCAGCCCAGACAACAGCAGCAGCAGCGGCAGCAGCUACAGCAGCAGCAAGGCGAUAGACAGCAGCAACAUAGGAAACCGCAGGAGACAGCAGCAGCAAAGCAGGAGACAGCAGCAGCAAAGCAGGAGACAGCAGCAGCAAGGAGACAGCAGCAGCAAAGAAGACAGGAACGGCAACGGAGACAGCAGCAGCAAGGAGACAGCAGCAGCAAAGCAGGAGACAGCAGCAGCAAGGCAGGAGACAGCAGCAGCAAAGCAAAAGACAGCAGCAGCAAAGCAGGAGACAGUUGCUGACGCGGAGCGGCAGAGCAGCAGCAGCAAAGCAGGAGACAGCAGCAGCAAGGAGACAGCAGCAGCAAGGCAGGAGACAGUUGCUGACGCGGAGCAGCAGAGCAGCAGCAGCAAAGCAGGAGACAGCAGCAGUAAAGCAGGAGACAGCAGCAGCAAGGAGACAGCAGCAGCAAAGCAGGAGACAGCAGCAGCAAAGCAACGGAGACAGCAGCAGCAACAGAGAGAGCAGCAGCAGCAAGGAGACAGCAGCAGCAGCAAGGAGACAGCAGCAGCAAAGCAGGAGACAGCAGCAGCAGAGCAGGAGACAGUUGCUGACGCGGAGCAGCAGAGCAGCAGCGGGGCCCAAAAGGUGCAGCGGCAAUUCUCUUAG